ACAGGGGUGAAGCCGUACGAAUGCAACGAGUGUGACAAAGCCUUCAUCCAUUCGUCAGCUCUCAUCAAACAUCAAAGAACUCACACGGGAGAGAAACCCUACAAGUGUCAGGAGUGUGGGAAAGCCUUCAGCCAUUGCUCUUCCCUUACUAAACAUCAGAGAGUUCACACCGGGGAAAAACCAUAUGAAUGCAGCGAAUGUGGGAAAACCUUUAGCCAGAGCACACAUCUUGUUCAGCAUCAGAGAAUCCAUACUGGAGAGAAACCCUACGAGUGUAAUGAGUGUGGGAAAACCUUCAGCCGGAGCUCAAAUUUUGCCAAACAUCAAAGAAUUCACAUUGGAAAGAAGCCGUACAAAUGUAAUGAAUGCGGAAAAGCCUUCAUUCAUUUGUCAGCUCUUAUUCAACACCAGAGAACUCACACUGGAGAGAAACCCUACAGAUGCAGUGAGUGUGGGAAAAGCUUUAAGUGCAGCUCAUCCCUCAUCAGACAUCAGAGGAUUCACACUGAAGGGUAGCCCUGAGAAGUUCCUGAAUGUGAGAAAAUGUAAGUUGGUCUUGUCUCUGUGUUCGAUCCCUGAGUGUUUAGG